AUGACACACUCGUCUGUGCCGGCCAAGGACCUCCGGAUCCCUCGCGGAUCCACCAUCCUCGUGACGGGCGUGUCGGGCAUGAUCGCCGUGCACGUCGCCGACGAGGCGCUGAAGGCCGGGUUCCGCGUGCGCGGGACGGUGCGGUCGGCGGCGCGGGGCGACGAGGUGGCGGCGCUGCUGGGCUCGCCGGCGGCGUUCGAGUACGCCGUGGUGCCCGACAUGGCGGGCCACGCGGCCUUCCACGCGGCCAUGCGCGGCGCCGCCGCCGCCGUGCACUGCGCCUCCAUCCACGACUUCUCGGCGCGCCCCGCCGACAUGGUCCCGCCCACGGUGCGCGGCAGCCUCAACGUGCUCGACGCCGCCCUCGCCGCCGGCCCAGACCUCAGGAGCGUCGUCUUCACCUCGAGCACCGGCGCCGCCACCAGCCCCCGGCCCGGCGUCCGCUUCCACGUGGGCCGCGACACCUGGAACGACGCCGCGCUCGACCUCGUGCGCGACACGCCCCCCGACCGCCAGGCCGCCAUGGGCUUCGACUGGAAGAUGAACGUCUACCGCGCGGCCAAGGUCGAGGCCGAGCGCGCCGUGUGGCGCUUUGUCGAGCGCCAGAAGCCCCCCUUCGAUGUCAACGUCGUCAACCCCGGCAUGAACUUUGGCGGCGCCAAGGGGUCCGUGGGCGUCAGCGGAGCCCAGGUCCUCGGCCUGCUGGACGGCAAGAUGCCGCCCAUUCCAUCCUGUGAUCCCCAAAAAGUGUACAUGGUGGACGUCGUCGACGACGCGCGCAUCCACGUGGCGGCGGCCAUCGACGCGACGGUCAAGGGCCAGCGCAUCUUCGCGUGCGACUCGCCCUUCAACUGGCGCCUCGUCAUCGAGGCCAUGCAAAAGGCGCUGCCCGACGCGCAGCUGCCGCAGCCCGACCCGCACGAGCUGCUGGACAUCAGCACCGUCGACAACGCGCUCGGCGCCGAGCUGCUGCGCAAGUGGUGGGGCCAGCCCGGAUACAAGGGCCUGGAGCAGACCGUCCGCGAGACGGUCGGCAUGUGUUUGGCGCGCAGGAACGGCGAGUACAAGCGCCGCCAGCCGGCCCAGUGA